CAUGCGCAGACGCGUUGGCCAACUACUGCUUCCGGUACAGUCACCGAGACACCGACCCUACAGGAGAAGAAGAGCCGAGGACUGGACAGGCGCGCCUCGACAAGCAUAUUGAUGUCCUGCUUCCAUCGGGAUUGAAUGUUUUCUACGAUACAUCUGAUCUGAUGCAACAUGGCAACAUCACAUGUUAAUAGAUGUCUCAUAAGGACAAUCACGAGAUGUCUCCGGGACAGCAGUCGGCAGCCAAAUGUGAUGACAGUAAGGCCUUUAGGACACUUUUCUAACUCCUCUUCAGGUAAAGAGGAACAUGAAGCAGGAGCUGUAACGCUAGUUUCACGCCGGAGUUCAGGAGGCGGCGGUCGCAGCGCUCGCCUGGCAGCCGCGUUUGGACUGGGACUCGGAGCAGCAGCAUUGUAUUCAUUAAGAGACGAGGACAAUAAAGAUGCCCUACAGAGGACAGUCGCGGUCAGGCAUUUGCUAAUUGACAGUUUACUACCGACGGUCCAAUGUGCCUCCCCGUUUAAACCGGACAGCCCGCGGUACAAGUAUAAUUUCAUCGCGGAUGUGGUUGAGAAGUCCACACCUGCUGUAGUCUACAUCGAGAUCGUUGGGCGACACCCCUUUUCUGGCCGUGAGGUGCCCAUCUCGAAUGGCUCUGGCUUCAUCAUAAGUAGCGAUGGCCUGAUAGUGACCAAUGCCCAUGUGGUCGCCAACAAGCGUGGCGUUCGUGUUAAACUGACCAAUGGAGAGACUUACAACGCCACGGUCCAGGAUGUCGACCAGGCUGCAGACAUCGCUACCAUCAAAAUCAGUGCUAAGCAUCCCCUCCCAACGCUGCGUCUCGGCCAGUCGUCUGAUGUGCGUCAGGGUGAGUUCGUGGUUGCCAUGGGGAGCCCUUUCUCUCUUAAAAACACAAUCACAUCUGGAAUCGUCAGUUCUGCCCAGAGAGGAAGUAGAGAACUGGGCCUGUCCAACUCCAACAUUGACUACAUCCAGACUGAUGCUACCAUAGAUUUUGGAAAUUCAGGAGGUCCCCUUAUAAACCUGGAUGGUGAGGUCAUCGGCAUUAAUACCAUGAAAGUGACUGCAGGGAUUUCCUUCGCCAUUCCCUCAGACAGAGUCCGCAUCUUCCUUGAGCGUGCGGCAGACAAACAGAAGUCCUGGUUUGGAGAAUCAGGAUCAAAACGGCGUUACAUUGGAGUGAUGAUGCUGACUUUGACCCCCAGUAUAAUAGAAGAGCUGAAGACGCGUGACAUGUCCUUCCCUGAUGUUUCUCAUGGAGUUCUCAUCCACCGUGUUAUUAUAGGAUCUCCCGCCAAUAGAGCUGGAGUGAAACCAGGAGAUGUUAUUGUUGAGAUAAACGGGUCAAAGGUGAACUCGUCAGAGGAGAUCUAUAACGCUGUGAGAACAAGCGACAGCAUAAACGUGGUGGUCCGGCGGGGGGCCGACCUCCUCAUGCUGCACAUGACCCCUGAACACACGGAGUGACGUCCCAUGAAGCUUACGCAUAUAAAUAAGAGAGCAAUAAAUGGUUCGGCUGAGUGAGAAAUGAGAAGCGAAAGAUUAUUUGAAUAAUUAUUAUAGUUGGAGAUAAUCGUUGGAGAGUUUCAAGAAGGUAAUAGGGCUGAACAGUAUAGUAGCAAAGCUGGACGCUUGUGUAGUCAAAAUGUUAUAAUUGUGCAGUUUGUGCACUUUUUUUUGGAAGUGUAUGAAUCAGUGUGGAUGAUUCUGAGCAUUACACUGGAUAAAUAUCAGUGUGUCCUCUCAAACUACACUGUAUCAAUAUUGUUUUUGAAGGAAUACAUCUAAAUAUUUGUGCGAAACACAGUUUAUCAUGAGAUGAAUGAACAUUUGGCUGCCAUAAUAAAAGUGGGUGCUCUUAUUCCAACAUUGCAGAUUUUUUGUAUUCAAUGUAUUUUAAUACAUUUUACAAACCGCUGUGACUUCACAAUAAAACAUUGGAAUAUCAA